AUGAAAAAAAAACCUUGGCAACUUUUAUUUGCACCAGAACGAACAGGUCAACAUGAACUCAUUGUAUAUACGAAAAAAAUUAAGGAUAAUGAAUCUUCAUCAAAUGCAGUAGUCAAAUUCAAUCUUGAUGUUGGGAAACUUCAACGACCAAUGAAAUCUCCUGUGAUUUAUAAUAAAUUUAAAACUGAAAAAUGUCAAAUCUAUACAUCGAUAGAUGAAAUAUUAAAGAAAGGUUCUAUUGUUUCAAUUCAUUAUGUCAUUCCAGGUGCUAAAAGUGUCAAUUUGACUGUUGAUUCGCAAUUACUCAGUAAUGAAGGUUAUAAAGAUCUAAUUCGGCAAGGAGAAAUUAGAGUCGGAUCAAAAGACGUAGUUAUCUAUGCCAAAUAUGGACGAAACUUAUCUUUCGAUGGUUUGAUGAAAUAUACUAUUUAA